AGAAUAAAAAAUGUAAAUAAAAUAUCCAACAAUAAACACCAGAAUUAGUUGUGCAGAGUUGUGGAAAUGGACUGUUGCAAUUUUAUCCCAGGUUCUUCUUUACUUCCCAAGAGACCCUCUUCUUCUUCUUCUUCUUCUUCUUCUUCUUCUUCCCUUUUAAACUCCCAUUUUCUUCCAUACUUCAAAUUGCCGAGAUUAAAGGUCCAGAAUAUAGUUAAGCAGCGAUUAACAAUUAGAAAUGCUUGUGAUUUUGAUUCAAGUGAGCUUCCUUUUCUUCCAGAAAAAUUGUUUAAGCAAGAGGCAAUUGGAGCUGAAUAUGGAGAAGGUUUUGAGACUUUUAGACAUGAUGGACCCUUGAAAGUUGAUGUGGACUUUUUGAAUGAACGGUUGCAAGAGGGGUUUCUUAAGAGAAUACGAAACGCCAUGAAACCUGAUGAAGCUUUUGGACUUAUUUUUUCUUGGGACAAUGUUUUGGCGGAUACUCGAGCAUUGAAGUUAAACGCUUGGAAACAACUUGCCUCGGAAGAGGAAAAAGAAAUUCCUGAGGAUGCUAAUACUCAAAGACUGAUGCUUUACGAAGCUCCUGAUCAUGUCAUGAAUAAGAUUUUGCAGUGGGGGAAAUCAGAAAAUGAGACAGAGAUGUUGACGUUGCGACUUUCUCAAUUUUAUUAUGAUAAUCUUCUCAAGCUUAAUAGACCGUUGGAAGGUGUGGAAGAAUGGCUAGAGGCAGUUUCAACAGCCCGUAUACCAUGUGCAGUUGUUUCGAGUCUUGAUAGAAGAAACAUGGUUGAAGCUUUGGAAAGGAUGGGAAUUCACAAAUAUUUUCAGGCAAUAGUGAGUGAAGAAGAUGGCAUGGAAGCUAUUGCCCAUAGAUUUCUCUCUGCCGCUGUAAAGUUGGAUCGGAAACCAUCAAAAUGUGUGGUCUUCGAGGAUGACCCAAGAGGCGUUACUGCAGCUCAUAACUGUACAAUGAUGGCAGUAGCUCUUAUUGGCGCUCACCCUGCAUAUGAUUUGGUGCAGGCUGAUCUUGCAGUGGCCAGCUUCAGUGAGCUGUCGGUUAUAAAUCUCCGACGAUUAUUUGCACACAAGGGUUCUAAUUUCAUGGAUUUGCAAAAGCAGAUUGUAGAGAAAAGUCCACCAAAAAGGAAGCUUACUACUGAUACCAUCUUUUGAGUUUUAAUUCCAAUCAAUAAUCUGUAGUGUCUCAAGAAGCAUAAUCUCUUUCUCAUUCAUUUUUUGGUAUUGUAGAAUGUAUAUACUUUAUUGUUCAAUGUAUAUUACAAGUUCUAGCAAUGUAGUCUCAACAUCAA